GAAGAAGAAGCCCAAAAGCCAAGGAAUUGUGGGACGUAAAAUGAACUACAAUGGCGGUUAAACAACAGGCAGUGAGAUGUGCCGCAUUUAUAUGGUUACUCUCUUUACUUCUGCUUCAUCCUUGUCGUGCUUUUGCCGAAGAACUGCAGUGGGAUGAGAAUGGCUACGUUUUGUACUGCCCGUGCAUGGGUCGCUUUGGAAACCAGGCUGACCACUUCCUGGGAUCUCUGGCCUUUGCAAAGAUGUUGAACCGAACCCUGGCAGUGCCUCCCUGGAUAGUGUACCGCCACCACACACACCCCUACAUCAACGUUCAUGUUCCCUACAGGGAGUUCUUUAAGCUGGAGGCCUUGUCUGCCUACCACCGUGUGGUCAGCUUAGAGGACUUCAUGGAGAAGCUAGCCCCCAAAUACUGGGCCUCAGGACAGAGGAAUGCCUACUGCUUUGAGACUGCAGCCCAGAGGAGUAAGGACAAGAAGUCCUGCCCCAUGAAGGACGGGAACCCAUUUGGGCCAUUCUGGGACUACGUCGGUGUAGAUUUUGACAAAUCUGUCUUAUUUGGUGGGAUUUCCUUUAGUGCCUACCACCAACCUCAGUGGAUGAAGAAGUUUCCUCCCUCUGAACACCCUGUCCUGGCCAUGCCUGGGGCUCCAGCUCAGUUCCCAGUGACAGAAGAGCAUGUGGGCCUGCAGCGCUAUGUGGAGUGGUCAGACAAGAUGGUGAAGGAGGGAGAAGAGCACAUUGCCACCCAGCUCAUCAGGCCGUAUGUGGGCAUACAUCUAAGAAUUGGCAUUGACUGGCAAAAUGCCUGCAAAAUGCUGAAGAACGGCGACACAGGGCCUCACUUCAUGGCCUCCCCUCAGUGUGUCGGCUAUAACCGUCAGACAGCCCUGGCCCUCACUAUGACCAUGUGUCUCCCUGACCUCUCAGAGAUUCGUAGGGCUGUCAAGCUGUGGGUAAAGAAGACCGCCGCCCGCUCUGUCUACAUUGCCACUGACUCUGACUCCCACACUCAGGACAUUGAAAAGCUCUUCAGAGGCAAGGUGAAAGUGGUGAGUCUUCAGCCAGACUUGGCCCAGACAGACUUGUACAUCUUAGGCCAGUCUGACCACUUCAUCGGGAACUGCGUCUCCUCCUUCUCUGCCUUCGUGAAGAGGGAGCGGGAUGUCCGCGGCCUUCCCUCCUCCUUCUUUGGUAUGGACGAGCCUGGGAAGUCAAAUGUCAAAGAAGAGCUCUGAGUGUCAGCGUCUCCCUUUUGAUGCCGAUGCAGACGACGUGUCCUGAGGUGGCGAAGUACGAUCACACAUGCAGGCCUAGUUUCAGAACGGGUUGUGUGUGUGUGUGUGUUCAAUAAAAAAAAAAAAAAAAAAAAAAAGGCAGUGCUGCUACCAGGAAAUACUAUUUUUAUCUGUUUGCUGCUUGAAAAUUGGAGUAUUUGUAAUAAAUACUGGAUUUCUGGGCUGAUGCUAAUACAGUUUUUUGGGGAGUACAAAUUCGGUUUAAUUAGCCAAUGUUUUUAAUGGUGCACACCAAUCAGCCACACAUUCACUCACAGCUGUUUGUGGUGCACAAGUGGGACCUACACUAUAAGGAGGAGGCAGUUUUAAUGUUAAUCGGUGUCUACACCUACACACUAUAUACAGUGUGUCAGAAAUACCAGUUUUUAGUCUUUGCAGCUUUGGGGAUAAAGUGUCAGCCGGCAGGGAGCGUGACACGGAAACAAGUUAGAAGCAGAACUGCUCUGAAGAAACAGCUGCUGUGCAGGGAUUUGGGCUUCUUUGGAUCAGAGAUGAUCACUCACAAAGAAUAUAAAGAUGACCUCAGAUAUUAGCACCUCUGUCACACUGCAAGUAUCAGCUGCUCUGGUUUGUAUUAUUGCUUCAGCCUGUUUUGGUUCACCAUACUGAAGCCACACCACUUCCCAAAUAUUUCCCUUAAACUUUUAUACAAACUGUAAAAGAGUGAAUGCACCGUCAGCAAUACUGCUGUGCCUCUGCUCGCUCUUUUCUUUCCUCCCUCCAUUACGAGGAGCUCACAGUAACUGAGCCUCUCACCCUAUGGGUGCUGGGAUAGAAUCCAAUUCCCCACAACCCUGAAUUGGAUAAGCGGAAGAGAAUGGAUGGAUGGAUGGAUGGAUGGAUGGAUGAGCCUUCUGUGUAUGCCAUUUAUAGGGAGAUCAAGAGGAGACAUAUUACCUCUGUUUAUGGGACCAAAAUCUGAUCAAAUAUGUGAAUGUCUGCACUGAAAGUUGUAACAUUUUUGAGAGAAUUUUGAUUUGCAUACAUGUGAGGAUAUAUGUUGAGCUGGUGAAUGCAGUAAUGUUUUUCAUGCUUUUUUCACCAAUAAAGUCAUACACACUUUGUCCUAAGUUUACUUCUGUCUGGAAACUUGGCUUUGAAUCAGCAUCCUGUGGACAAGCCUUUAUAAGUA